CCGAUCAUUAUUAAAAAAAGCGAAAGAUAUCGAGUCGAACAGUAAACUUGUGAUUACCUACAAAACUCCGAACAGCAAAAAUGUCUUGGUCAAUUGUGCCGUUGUUAACGCGGGACCUCGACUACUUUGAUCGUCAGAGGGACCAGUAUUCCAAGUGGAUGCAUUUGUUUGAUGAUGAUUGGAGGGCCAUGAGAUUCGACGAUUCUGUAAGCCGAUUUGACCGAGAAUUGGAACGCUUCCGCCGUGAGAUGCAUGACCUUGACGCUGAAGUUCCGGAGCUCGUGGUCGCACAACCGUUCGUCACGGACCCCGAGGGAAACCGGAAGUUGUCGCUUCGUUUUAACUGCGACAAGUUUAAACCAGAAGAAAUCACAGUUAAGACCACCGGAAACGUCCUGAACGUGCACGCGAAGCACGAGGAGGACCGCCCGGGCAAGAAAGUUCACUUGGAGUUUACACGAAACUACACACUACCAAAAAACGUUGAUCCAAACAGCCUAAAGUCCACCUUGUCCAAGGACGGGGUGCUGCAAAUUGAGGCACCGGCGCCACCCGCGGUUGAGGCCCCGAAAGAGAACCUCAUCCCAAUUGAGAAACUGUGAUAAACAUUGCAAUUUUGCUGUGUCAAAAGUGCUCAGGUGACGAUUUAUCUGUUUCUGGUUAAAAUUCCUGUUACUGGGAUCAAAAUCGGAAUACUAUGUAUUAUAUUAUAAUCAUGACUCAUUAUUUUGCAUUAUGUUAAUAUUUUCAACAUAUUUGAUUUGUUGCCAUCGAAGUAAAAAUACAAAGUCCAUUGUAUUUAUUUUAAUUCAUCAUGGUUGAUUUUGCUGUUUGUAUGUAUUGUAGGUCAUGUCCAAUGUGUACGCGAUUUAACACAUGUGUUUAUUGAUAUAUGACAUAAAGUAUGCAUUUAUUUGAAUUGUUCAUUAAUAAACACUUGAACAAUA